GGAGCGGAGCGGUUUGGACGGGCGGGCUGCGCGACCCGCUCCGCGACCCGCUCCGCAUGGCCGACCAGGGCUUCGUCGACGGGCCGGAGCCCGAGCCGGGCAAGGGCGGGGACCCGCGGCCGGACCAGCAGCAGGGCCUCCACUGGGGCUACGAGGAAGGAGUUGAGUGGGGAUUGGUGUUUCCCGAUGCUAAUGGAGAAUACCAGUCUCCCAUUAACCUGAACUCAAGAGAAGCCAGAUAUGACCCCUCACUGCUGGAAGUGCGUCUGUCUCCAAAUUAUGUAGUGUGUCGUGACUGUGAAGUGACAAAUGAUGGCCAUACAAUUCAAAUCAUCUUCAAGUCAAAAUCAGUCCUAGCAGGUGGGCCAUUGCCUCGAGGGCACGAGUUUGAACUACAUGAAGUUCGAUUUCACUGGGGAAGAGAAAACCAACGAGGCUCUGAACACACUGUUAAUUUCAAAGCAUUCCCUAUGGAGCUCCAUCUCAUCCAUUGGAAUUCUACCCUGUAUAGCAGUAUUGAUGAGGCUGUCGGGAAAACGCAUGGAGUAGCUAUUAUUGCUUUGUUUGUACAGAUAGGAAAAGAGCAUGUUGGCCUUAAGGCAGUGACUGAUAUUCUCCAGGACAUCCAGUACAAAGGCAAGUCCAAAACAAUUCCCUGCUUUAAUCCGAACACUUUAUUACCAGAUCCUCUUCUACGAGAUUAUUGGGUAUAUGAAGGCUCCCUUACAAUCCCGCCCUGCAGCGAAGGUGUUACUUGGAUAUUAUUCAGAUACCCUCUAACCAUAUCCCAGAUUCAGAUAGAAGAAUUUCGUCGACUGAGGACACACAUUAAAGGUGCAGAGCUCGUAGAAGGCUGUGAUGGAAUUUUAGGAGACAACUUUCGACCCACUCAACCACUUAGUGACAGAGUCAUCAGAGCCGCAUUCCAGUAAACAAAGAUGAAGGAAAAGUUCAUCCUCAUCCAGAGAGAGAAACAAUGGUCCCACAGUGCCCUUGGAUGAGGAAUGGAAAUUUAUGAGACCGCUGCUUCAGUUUAACCACACAAGCCUGCAUUGUCUGCCUCCAUCUAUUUGAGCCCUGAUGGACAGCUGUGACAGUUGUCCUGUCUACAAUGAUCCAGUGAAAUUCUGGGCAUAGCUUUAAACUAAAAAGAAAAAAAAAACAUGUUAAAUCUCCAAAUCAUUGCUGCUCACUUUCUCACUAUUCCAUAGUGUUUGGUCAUUCUCUGUACCAUGAGCGAUGAUAGUUUUAAAAAUUUGUGAAUGUGAUUAGGUAGUGUGCAUAAAAUUUUGUACAAUUUGGGAAAAGACUGAAACCCAUACUUGAGUAAUUCUCCGUUUCUAGACUAACUGAACAUUCUGCUCAUUCAGAGGACAAUAUGAUAUUCCUUAUAAAAUCAUUUGUUGUAUCAGGAAAAGCAUACAUAUUCAUAGGUCAGGGAUUUGAUAAAGGCUAGGUGUGUCAAUUACUCUCACAAUUAUUUUCAUCACAGCGCUUAUUUGAAGUACAGUUGAAGGUUAGUUUUUUGUCUUAUUUAUGUGCUGCAUAGAAAAUAAAUGGAUAUUUAUUGACAAUAGAAA